GGUUCUGCGAUUUGCAGAGGGAAAGCUCCUGAGACUGAGAUUGUUGACAAGGAACUCUCAAUCAAUCAGAGGACGAUGAGAACGAUUUCGAUCGCCAUUGCAUUGAUACCGAAGAGAUUUGUCCAUCGGAAUCUCCAGGGGAAAGGUAAUUCUUCGGCUGCUUCUCCCUCGUUUUGUCUUUGUUGCUGGGUACGAGCUUUCUCUGGUGCUAGUGAUGGUUACAGAGAGAUACUGAGAAACGGGCUUCGUGAUAUUAAGCUAGACGAUGCUGUUGGUUUGUUUGGUGAAAUGGUAAAGUCUCGUCCUUUUCCUUCCAUUGUUGAUUUCAGUAAACUGUUGAGCGCUAUCGCUAAGUUGAGGAAGUAUGAUGUCGUCAUCUCUCUGGGCGAGAAGAUGCAAAAUUUGGGAAUUCCGCAUAAUCACUAUACUUUCAGUAUCUUGAUAAACUGUUUCUGCCGCUCCUCUCAGCUCCCUUUUGCUUUAUCCAUUUUUGGGAAGAUGAUGAAACUCGGGUAUGAUCCCAGCAUUGUCACGCUUAACUCGCUGCUCAUUGGUUUCUGUCACGGGAAUCGGAUUUCGGAUGCUCUAUCUCUGCUUGAUCGAAUGGUGGAAAUGGGAUACAAACCUGAUACAAUCACAUUUACAACUCUAAUCCAUGGCCUUUUUCUGCACAACAGAGUCUCAGAGGCAGUGUCUUUAGUUGAACGGAUGGUGUUGAAAGGAUGUCAACCAGAUCUGAUUACUUACGGUGCGAGGGAUGAGGCGGUAAUAAACGAAGCAAAUGUUGUCACCUACAGCACGGUUAUCGAUGGUCUCUGCAAAUACAGACAUGUGGAUGACGCAGUCGACCUAUUCAGUGAAAUGGAGAAGAAAAGGAUUAAAGCAAAUGUUGUCACCUACAGCACAGUUAUUGAUGGUCUCUGCAAACACAGACAUGUGGAUGAUGCAUUCGACCUAUUCAAUGAAAUGGAGAAGAAAGGGAUUAAACCUAAUGUUGUCACCUACAGCACAGUUAUUGAUGGUCUCUGCAAACACAGACAUGUGGAUGAUGCAUUCGACCUAUUCAAUGAAAUGGAGAAGAAAGGGAUUAAACCUAAUGUUGUCACCUACAGCUCCCUCAUAAGUUGCCUUUGUAAUUAUGGAAGAUGGAGCGAUGCCUCCCGACUACUAAGCGAUAUGAUCGAGAGGAGAAUCAACCCCAAUGUAGUCACGUUCAAUGCAUUAAUCGAUGCGUUUGUGAAAGAGAGGAAGAUUUUGGAGGCCGAAAAACUGUACGAGGAAAUGAUCAAUAGGUCUAUAGAUCCUGACAUUUUCACGUACAGUUCACUGAUUAAUGGGUUUUGCAUGCAGAGUCGCCUAGAUGAGGCCAAGCAGAUGUUUGAUUCGAUGGUUAGCAAGGGUUGUCUCCCAGAUGUAGUGACAUAUGGUACUCUCAUCAAUGGAUUUUGCAUGCAGAGUCGCCUAGAUGAGGCCAAGCAGAUGUUUGAUUUGAUGGUUAGCAAGGGUUGUCUCCCAGAUGUAGUGAUGUAUAAUACUCUCAUCAAUGGAUUUUGCAAGUCUAAGAGGGUAGAGGAUGGCAUGGAACUCUUCCGUGAGAUGUCUCAAAGAGGAUUGAUUGGCGACACAGUCACUUACAACACCCUAAUCCAAGGCUUUUACCAAGCUGGAGAUUGUGAGAAUGCCCAACAAGUUUUCAAAGAGAUGGUUUCUGCUGGUGUGCCUCGUGAUAUUAUGACUUACAACAUGUUGUUACAUGGACUUUGUUACAACGGGAAGCUCGAGAAAGCAUUGGUCGUAUUUCAAGAUAUGCAAAAGAGUAAAAUGGAACUCAAUAUUGUUACAUAUAAUAUUAUCAUUGAAGGAAUGUGCGAGGCUUGUAAGGUGGAAGAAGCUUGGAAAUUAUUCUGUAGCCUCGACCUCAAAGGAGUGAAGCCUGAUAUUAUAACCUACAACACAAUGAUCUCAGGGCUUUGUGGGAAAGGCUUAAAGCAGGAAGCGGAUGCCUUGUUUAGAGAAAUGAAAGAAGAUGGGCCUCCCCCAAAUAGCGGUACCUAUAAUACGCUGAUCAGGACACGCCUUAAGGAUUGUGACAAAGACGCAUCAGCAGAACUCAUCAAGGAAAUGAGGAGUUGUGGGUUCUCAGGAGAUGUUUCGACAAUAAGUUUGGUUAAAAAUAUGUUGUAUGAUGGGAGAUUGGACAAAAGAUUCCUAGAUAUGCUUUGA